UUUUUGGAUCAGUUGCGAUAUUCUAUGCACUACUUCGGUUAAGCUCGGUCGGCAUGGCGAAGCACGCCUUAACUGUUAUUAUUGGUCCGUGAUUUUCUCACUUCCAAGUCUACCCCUAGCUUUCCUUAACGGAAUUCAGCUGCAUAGCAAUCUUAGUUGGAGAAAGUCAGAGAGAGAGAGAGGCCGUUACUUAUAUCUCUGUGCUGUCAGUGGAUUUGCGCUUUUCUCGCACCGGAAAAGUAUCGUCCGUCUCGUCGCCGGCGAGAAGCCAUGGUAAAUUCCUUGGUUGAACGUGCCACGAGCAGCAUGCUCGUGGGCCCUGAUUGGGCUUUGAACAUGGAGAUCUGUGACAUACUCAAUCGUGAACCUGGGCAAACAAAGGAUGUUGUUAAAGGCAUAAAGAAGCGGAUUGGAAAUAAAGUUCCUAGAGUUCAACUUCUUGCACUAACUCUGCUGGAGACGAUGGUAAAGAAUUGUGGGGACAUUGUCCACAUGCAUAUUGCCGAGAGAGAUAUUGUUCAUGAGAUGGUGAAAAUAGUAAAGAAGAAGCCUGAUUAUCAUGUCAGAGAGAAGAUACUGAUCCUUAUAGAUACUUGGCAAGAAGCUUUAGACGGGCCAAGGCCAAGAUAUCCACAGUAUUAUGCUGCAUACCAGGAACUGCUGCAUGCUGGUGUAACAUUCCCUCAGAGGUCUGACCAAUCUGCACCUGUAUUCACACCACCACAAACAUUACCUUUGACAUCAUACCCGCAAAAUAUACGAGAUUCUGUUGGUCGACAAGACACAGCUGAGUCCUCAGCAGAGACUGAGUUUCCAACCCUAAGUUUGACUGAAAUUCAGAAUGCACGUGGUAUUAUGGAUGUUCUUGCAGAAAUGCUCAAUGCAUUAGACCCUGGUAACAAAGAAGGGCUUCAGCAGGAAGUUAUUGUGGAUUUGGUGGAGCAAUGUAGAACAUACAAGCAGAGAGUGGUGCACCUUGUUAAUUCAACCUCGGAUGAGUCCCUGCUAUGCCAAGGCUUAGCUCUGAAUGACGAUCUGCAGUGUUUACUGGCUAAGCAUGAAUCCAUUGCUUCGGAAACUUCUGCUGAAAAUCAUACUGAGAAACCGAAGCCUGAACCUACUGAAGCAGUUGUAGCUGUUGAUGUUCCUUUGAUUGAUAUUGGAGAUACUAGUAAACAAACUGAUGGGAGAUCGUCUCCUAGUGGCGAAGGAGGAUCUGAAACAUUGAAUCAGUUAUUGCUUCCUGCACCCUCCACAUCAAACGGAUCAGUUCCCCUUGCGAUGGUUGAUCCCAAAGUGGACCUGCUCAGUGGUGACGACUAUAACUCACCAAAAGCGGAGACUUCACUUGCUCUCGUUCCUCUGGGAGAACAGCAGCCAACCAUCCCUGUUCCUCAGCAGAAUGCCCUUGUUCUUUUUGAUAUGUUUACUAAUGGAAGCAAUUCACCUACUUCUGUUAACACCCCGCCAAUUAAUGUUGCUGGCCAAACCAGUCCGUUAUCUCCCCAAUUUCACCAACAGCAGACUUUAAUAUCUCAAGGUGUAUUUUACCCCAACGGAAGUGUGCCAAAUGUGGGUUCACCUCGUUAUGAGCAAUCACCAUAUAUACAAAGUACAGGUCCUUCCUGGAACGGUCAGGUUGGGCAGCAGCAACAGCCACCUUCACCAGUUUAUGGUAUGCAGAGUGGUGGAUCAUUUCCACCACCUCCCUGGGAAGCUCAACCUACAGACAUUGAGAGCCCAGUAGCAGGCAGUCAAUAUCCACAACCACUGCAAGUCACUCAAAUGGUUGUGACACAGAUACAAAGUGCUGCACAUCGUCAGGGACCUCAAGCAAUGGGGCAUGACCAGGUUGUUGGAAUGUAUAUGCAGCCGAAUGUUGGCCAUAUGUCAAUGAUCAAUAACCAUGUUCAAAACAAUCAGUUGGGCUUGCAUCCUCAGCAUAUUCAGGGCGGUGCUGGUCCCUAUAUGGGUAUGGUUUCCCAUCAAAUGCAUAAUGGUUCCGUGGCUUCCAUGUAUCCUCAACAGAUGUAUGGCAACCAAUUCGUAGGAUAUGGCUAUGGUCAGCAACAAGGGGUUCAACAUGUUGAGCAGCAAAUGUAUGGUUUAUCUGUGAGAGAUGAUGGCGCUUUGAGAGAUUCUUACCAGGUUUCUCCUUCAUCUUAUGUGCCAUCUGGGAAGCCUUACAAGCCAGAGAAUAAGUUAUUUGGGGACCUUGUUAAUAUGGCAAAAGUAAAUCCAAAAUCUACACCAGACCGAGCUAUGUAGAACUGUGAUUGGGUUUGCAUUUUUCACCUGUUUGCUAAAUCUUGUUCUCUUUUUUUCUUCAUUCUUUCAUUCUACUUCCAUACAAAUUAAAUAUAUGUAUAUUAAAAAAAUAUUUUUUAUUAUUGUC